AUGUGCUGUCAGAAUACGGGAGAUCUCGACAGAAGUUUGACCAGUCUGCUCGACGUUGGUGUACUCGCUUUCUGUCCACCUUGGCCUACUCGACACGCGUUGCGAAUUUUUCGGAAUUGGGAGAUUCGCCUUCUGUUAGGACAAUUGGGUGAUCAGUCAGUGAAGGUUAUCCGCCAUGCAAUUCGAGUUUUGCACACCUGGUUACCGGUAUACCAAGAUGCCGCUCGAUGGCUUCGAACGGCACAGUUGGACAGCUUUGGAGAAGCUGGCACUUUGUUAAAGGUACACAUCUAUGCAGAUGAGCAUUUAUGUACUCUUGAUGAUGAAGGAACCCGUGAAGCAGUUGCAUUGUGGAUGGAGUCAUUCAAUGUGAGAUAUAUCGAAGCGAUAGACGAUGAGGUGAGGGAUUCCCUUCUGUCUGUACGUCGAACCAUCAGUGGGACAUUCUCAAGAACAAGUGGAGAACGGAGCAAGAGAGCUUACGGUGUCCGCGUCCGGCCCACACUUUUUGGAGAUCAUCAUGUGUCGUGCCACGAGUUUGGUAGAGAACUCAUCAUUGAGCUCAAAGUAAUCGACACCCUUGUUGACGCCCUAUCAAACGAACAAGAACCAAUGAAAGUAAAGGCAGCUUUGAUGGCAUUAGGUCACAUUGGGAGUAUCAACGAAGGGUUCCAACUGUUUCCGAUUGGCGUCGUUCCGCAGAUGAUUCGAAUGGCCGAGGAAGCUGCAGUGCUUAGCGUUCGUGGAGCGGAGGCGUUGGCUCGUUUCGGAUGGGAAAGCAACCAUCAUUUUGAUUUGAUGAAUGUGAGAAAGGAGAAUGAUCAGUUUGAACGGCGUUCUUCACCUACGACAGCUCCACAGAUCGUCGUCAGAGCACCUCACAGUGGAAGCGAUUCGCACUCAAUCGGUCCGUCAUCGCGAAAUCGCUCCGACAGUCUCCCCGUCAUCGCAUC